AUGAAGAAAAUGGAUGGAGAAGACUAUAAGGAAGGUACAAUAAAAACAAUGUGGAAUCAGACUGCCAAAUUACUUCAAGAAAAGUAUUUGAACGAUUUCGACAUCAAAAUCAACCCAUUUUCGGAUGCUGCAUUCAAGACCGCUCGAGGAGCUCGUGAUGCCAAGCGUAAGGCUUUACAAUCUAUUCCGGAAAAACGGAGGGCAAGUGCAGCAGCGUUGGAGGAAAAAGAUUGGGAUGAGAGAGAGAGAGAGGAGAGAGAGAGAAGAAAAAGGGUGUGGUCAAUUACGACUUUGAUGCUUCCAACAGCCAGAAUGCUGGAGACCCAGUUGCAUAAUUUCUCGGCCCAUUGGCUGGAAGCUUUAAGAGAUGCGCUUUAUGCCACACCUAAUCGAAUGGUGUCGCUAUUACACCAGCUAUGCGACCACGACGAUAGUUCUCCCGCAAACAAAAGACAUUAUUAUUAG